AUGGCAGCAUUUAGUAAAUUAUUUGCAGAGCAAAUCGGGCCGAAAACUUGUCAAACCUUGGGAAUACAUCAGGAGUCAUGUCUCAAUCAUUGCCUUAAGGAUAUUCCGCUAUAUUUAUUAUCGAAUUUCAAAUAUUUUGCACCUAUUUGUUUGCUACCGAUGCUUAUACACUUUCGUAGCAUAAAUAAAGCAAAGCUACGUCAAACCUUGAAAUACUAUGCAGAAUGCGCAGUGAUCGGUGGUGGUGUCGGUUAUAGUGUUGAUGUUUUAAUUUGUACCUUAAGGUAUCUAUUAGGUCAUUUCGGAUACUAUUCAUCGUUCUAUUGUCCGACUGUUAUUGGUGGAUGUCUAUAUAAUUUGGCCUCGAAUAAAACGAGAACACUUUUCGAAACUAGUAUAUUUCAGUGUAACAUCGAAACAUUCCUCCUGAGGCGCCGCAACUUCGUGAGCCGCCUAAUUGCCGAUUCGAAGUAUCUACAAACCUAUAUAUUUAUGAUUUGCAGCGCCCUAAUACUGCAGGGCAAAUAUUUAUAUAAUCUCAAGGGAUUUUGGUUUCUAGAACCAAAUCCCAAGGUUCCAGAAGUUGAAAAUUCAGAGCACUCUAAAUGUCAGCUACAUCCGAAGAUGAGUUGCCAACAUCAUCUGGUACAUGGUAUGAGGAAUUAUUUCCUACUAGGUUUUACAUUGGAUAUUAUCAAGGCAUUGAUGAGCAGAGUUAAUGUAGCUAAGGACCAGUCGAAAUUUUUGGCUAAAAUUAAAAAUUUCCGCAUACGAUCAAUGGCUCUGCUAACAGCCUAUAUUGGGAUAUAUAGGUUUACACAUUGCUAUUUAAAUCGCAAAUAUCCGCAUAUGAAAAAUCUAAAUCACAUUAUAUCGGCCUUCUUAUCCGGAUUCUGCUACAAUUUAUAUCCGCAAUCGAAUAUCUUCAGUUAUGCUUUAUUGCGGAUACCAUUUGCCAGAAUUCUAUUUCCCUUUGGCUUGGCAAAUAUGGUCCAUAAUGUUUGCCUUCGGCCGGAAUAUUGCAGCCCAUUGACAUUUGCCAUAACCUGUGGUGUUACCAAUGAUUAUCCCCAUGUUAUAAAACAUGAAGUACAACUGAUAAAACAAAAAAUACAACGUGAGAUUUAA